AUGUCUACUGAAUUGAAGCAAAUCUUUGCCCAAUACAACCACAAGCACAACACUGCCCCUGCUCCUAAAAUCUCCAAUAGCAUUUUAGAAAACAUUGGUCGUACUCCUCUUGUUCGCAUCAAUAAAAUUGCAAAGGAAGAAGGACUUGAAUGUGAACUUUUGGCCAAAUGUGAAUACUUCAACGCUGGUGGUUCUGUCAAGGAUCGCAUUGCUUACCGUAUGAUUGAAGAAGCUGAAAAGGCUGGUACAAUCACACCUGGUGUUAGUACCAUCAUUGAACCUACUUCUGGUAACACUGGUAUUGGUUUGGCUCUUGCUGGUGCCGUCAAGGGUUACCGUGUCAUCAUCACUUUGCCUGAAAAGAUGUCUCAAGAAAAGGUCGAUGUCUUGAAGGCUCUUGGUGCUGAAAUCAUCCGUACCCCCACUGAAGCCGCAUCGGAUGCCCCUGAAUCCCACAUCGGUGUCGCCAAGAAGUUGAGAGACGAAAUUCCUAAUGCUGUCAUCUUGGAUCAAUACGGUAAUCCUUACAACCCUAUCGCUCACUACGAUACUACUGCUGAAGAACUCUUGGAACAAUGUGAUGGUAAGAUUGAUAUGUUGGUUGCCGGUGCUGGUACAGGUGGUACCAUUUCUGGUAUUGCUCAAAAGUUAAAGGAAAAAUGCCCCAACAUCAAGAUUGUCGGUGUUGAUCCUGUAGGUUCCACCUUGGCCUUGCCUGAGUCCUUAAACACAGAAGCUGGUUCUUAUCAAGUCGAAGGUAUUGGUUACGACUUUGUUCCUGAUGUCUUGAAGCGCAACUUGGUGGAUGAAUGGAUCAAGUCCGAAGAUAAGCCUUCUUUCUUGAUGUCUCGUCGUUUGAUUCGUGAAGAAGGUCUCCUUUGUGGUGGUUCUUCUGGUACUGCCAUGUAUGCUGCUGUUCAAGCUGCUAAACAACUUAAGAAGGGUCAACGUUGUGUUGUUAUUUUGCCUGAUUCUGUCCGUAAUUAUAUGACCAAGUUCUUGAACGAUGAUUGGAUGAGAGAACACGGUUUCACAGAUGAGAAAUUCGAGAACCAGAGCUUUGAAAACAAGGCCAAGAAGGACUAUGCUGGUGCUACUGUCAGUGACCUCAAGUUGGCUGCUGCUGUUACCAUUGACGGUGAAACCACUUGUAAGGAGGCCAUUGAUUUGAUGGAACAAAAUGGUUUUGAUCAAUUGCCUGUGACUGCUGGUCCUCACCACCGUCUCCGUGGUCUUGUUACCAUGGGUAACAUUCUUUCCCUUUUGGCUUCUGGUCGUGCUAAAGCUGACAGUCCUGUUUCUGCUGUCAUGUUCCACUUCACUAAAGGAUCCAAGGAAUUUGAAGAAAUUACCAAAGAUACUCCUUUAGACAAGUUGACUCGUUUCUUUGAAACCAACUCAAGUGCUUUAAUCACUGAAGAUCAUCAAGUCAAGCAUGUUGUCACCAAAGUUGAUUUGCUGUCUUAUUUAGUCAAAAAUGUCAAGGCUUAA